AUGUCCUCCACAACGUCGUCGGGGUCCUCCCAGACUGCGAGCCCGAGCCCGAGUACUAGUAGCUCACCCAGCAUCUUCUCAGCAAGUGGCACGCCUGCCUUCAUUCUCGCCUUUCUUGCUAUCGGGCUCUUCGUUGGCGGCAUGCUCGCCAUGUUUGCGCUGCGUCGGCGACUCAUCAGCAGAGGUGUCCGGGCAUGGUUCUCGAGUGACCUUUCUGUGGACCCCGGAGCAGGUAAUGAACGAACGAAGCGGAAGAAGGAUUUCGGGAAACGUCCGGAGUUAUGGGAUAUCUACGCUCGAGAGAAAUGCGUGAAAGAUGGCAUGUGGAAGGAGGUAAUGCCCAUCUCGGCCAAGUUUAUACCCUCGUAUACCUCCGAGCAGCCGCAAGAAUUUCUUCCACCCGUUGAACAACAUAGAAAUCUGUGGCUUCCCCAGCGAUUAGAUGCGCUCAAAUUCUUCCAUCGCUCUCCGACUACAUCGGUUCCCCAGAUUGCUAUACCAUCGAGGCCAAGCCAUCUCGAGAUCACAGUUGCAGUCUCUAUGCCUAUCCACAAACAUUCCGAAUCCGAUCAGUUUGAUUUUACUUUUGGAUCGGCAAAAAUACCACUGAAAGAUGAAUUCAUGGAUUUCGCGAACGGACAGUUGGAAGGAAAGGAAGUUGAGGGUCAGUGA